CUUCCAUCGAUGUCAAGCCCUCCGAAGAGGUACGAAAUAAACCACACGAAAUUUACACUUACUUCGGAAAAAGCACGUUAGCCCGAAGUGGCUUAAGAAACCGAACAAUCCAAUAGCCCUCGUCCCUAGGGCAGUACCAAGAGAUUAUCUCAAUGAAGGUCAACAUUACACGGUGGGAUACCGUCGCGACCUGGCGAUGGGAUAUUCCCGAAGACGACGUCUGUGGCAUCUGUCAAGUUCAUUUUGACGGCACAUGCCCAACUUGCAAAUAUCCAGGAGAUGAUUGCAGGCUCUUGUCCGGUAAAUGCGGUCACAAUUUCCAUAUGCAUUGUAUUAUGACAUGGAUCAAGCAAGACGCAGCAAAGGGACAAUGUCCGAUGUGCCGACAACGAUUCGAAUGGGCGGACCAGCCACAGGAGUCGACCGUUCAAACCGAGGCGGAGGAGUGAAAUUGUUCCUCUUACCAGGUAGUUCGUUCGGUCAUGUCGCGUACUUCGGAGGGUGUCUUGAUUUUCUUUUUGGUGUUGGGGGCAAUCGAUGAUACCCUGUAGUUUUUACUUCCAAUAAAUCAUGACCUACUGUAUGACGACGUCUCAUGUCG